AUGUACAUCAGUCCUCAUGGUUCAGGAGCUGAUAUGGGCAGCGAGUAUAAUCUCCUUUUCCGGGACUUUGCAAAGUCCCAGAGAUUGAGGUUGUCUGGCUCUUGGGGAUUUCAUCCUGAUAGAUUGAAGGAGUGUGCUCAGGGGAUUCCUGAGGCAAUCUCUGGAGACAGUGGAAGCCACAGGUGCUUGCUGUGCAGCUCGUCUGACAGGGGAUCGGGAUUUGCACCGUUCUCAAGUGACAGCUGUUCGCUUAUUAAGUGGCAAGAUUGUCAGAUCCUGUUGCAGGUGCAGGAACGUUGGGCUGAGUAUUUUGAGCAGAUGUACCAGAAAGUGGUGGCUCUGGAUGCAUAUAGUAAUGAAGCGAAAUCUUCGGCUCUAGAGGUCUCCUGGACAAAGACCAAGAUCCACGACUUUGGGGACUUGUUAGGAGAACCUGUUCGGUCGGUACAUGCUUCCAGCAAGGGCAUUGAAGAAAAAAUGCUACUUACCUUGGACAUUGGAAUAUUUGUAUUUGCCGAGUUUCUCUUACUAAAACAUAAUACAGUAUCUUUCAUAGACACCUUAGAUAUUCCUGUUUGGGAGAAGGAAGUUUCAGCCUCUCCAAGGAACGUCCGUGAAAGCAUUGAACAGAAGUUCCUGUUGGAUAUGCCAGACGAUUUCUUCGAAUUCUGGGACCUCUGCCGUGAACUCAACCAGGAAAAACCAGAAGAGGCCUUCGCGGACGUCGGCCUGAUGCUGGUCGGCCCCUACGACGUCUUGUCGGGCAAGCUGGACAAGCUGCAGCACCGGAAACUAUCCAGCUACCUCUGCCACUGGCGCUACUACUUCGACCCUCCGGAAUUCAUGACAGUCCUUGCGAGCCCGGAAAACGAAUACCACAUUGGGUAUUACCGUGACGAUUGCUUCCAGUUUCCGGUCUUCGUGGCUUCUAUGUCGUCGGUCAAGCCAGGGAAAAUAUCUCCGAUGGCGCAGAACGUCUUUGGUGCCGUCUACUCGUAUAUCUCUUCGAAACUCGAAAAGGAGGAGCUGCAGGAGGCCUCUCUGACGGAGCGGCGCCUCCGAGAGGUAGAGAGGUACGCGAGGACCCGGCGCCACACCCUCGGCCUGAGAACGCCCGCGCUGAGGGAGCGGGAGAAGCAGGUCGUGGGCAGGUGCUUCCACGGGGCGGGCGUGGCGGUCGACUCGGAGGAACCUCUUGGGCGCCGCGUCCUCCCCGUGUCAGAGGUCGAACUGAAGAGAAUUUUGCAGGCAGUCACAGAGGCUGAAACCGAAGACGAGAGAAAAAAACGUCUUGGCAUUUUGGAAGUCCUCGUGAAAAUUGUUCGCCGUGAAUUUAAUAGAGGAAAUGCAGCGAUGGGCCUGGAAUUCGGCCACAACCUCUUUUCUUUCGGAGGAAACGUCUUCCACAAGUACGUCCUUCAGGUCCUCGGGGAGAGUUACGACCGCCUCUUCAGAGAGCCGUUCCUUGAUAUAUUACAGGCUCACUUGCAGAACAGGCGCAGAGGAAACAACAUGAGUAUUCUAGACGCUUCGGACCAAAGUAAAAAGUGAUGUCCAGGUGUCCGUUUUUUCACUACUAACAUACCUUUAUAAUUUUUUAGAAUAAGUACUUUUAUAAAACGAAUACUCAAACGCACGUCUUGGUGAUCAUAUAUGAUGAAUAUUUACCCUUAACAUUUGUAUUUGUAUUGGUUAUCAUUGUUUUAUUUGUCUGCCAAUGCAUAUUAAAGGCCAUUUUCUGUAGCAAAGCAUCCAUGCCAUAUUUAAUUGUUGAUUUACUUGUAUGUGUAUGUGUUUGUUUCCCAAUUUCACAAACAUGUUCAUUAUUGGAAGGAAAAUGAGAAUAUUAUGGUUUUCAUUUUCUAUUUUUAAGCGAGGCUUUGGUUCCUUGAUUCAAUACAGUAUACUAAUAAAACUGAUUGUUCUUCCACAUUUCGUUUUUCCACUUCCUUGUGAUUACUGUAAUAAAACAGAUUAGUUCAUUC